AAUGCCAAAAAGAAAACAAUUGCAACAAUUUUACAUUUUAUAAAUGUUGUGAAUCGUUAUAUUAUUAUACGUGACUUAAAAGGAAUCACAGAAGGCAGAACGCAAAAUAGUUAAGCUUGUAUACUGCGACAUGCCAAUACAACUAGGACCAAGAUAUUUGUUGAAAUCUGUUUACGAUACGUGAAACGAUAACUACAAUCCUUGCUAAUAUGUUGAACGAGGACAGCGGCAAGCCUUUUAAAUGUGAGCAGUGCGACUAUUCGUCGAACCGUUCCUUUGACCUGCGACGUCACAAGAAGCGGCAUACAAAGAUAAGGCCGUUAGAAGGAAGUGUAUUUCAAUGCAGCGAAUGCUCAUUCACAACAAAAUGGAAACGCAAUUUGAGGCGUCAUAUGCUAACCCACAAUAUGGUGCCAGUUAAGGAUCAAGUUGAUCCAGUUGAGGAUAAAGUCGAUGAUCCAGUUGAUGAGCCUGUGAAUGAGGACACUUUUGAGGAGUUUAUUGUGGAGCUAAUUGAGGACUCAAAUACUGCGUCGAAUAAGGAACCUGCCAAAUUCAAACCAAUUGAGAAAUUCGGCGUCACGCAGAUGAAAUUCUUUGUAUGUGGACAAUGCCAUUACACAUCCAACCGAGCGUUUGACUUGCGACGUCAUGAGCAGACCCAUUCCAGGGUAAAGAACAUCGAUGGCACUGCAUUUAAAUGUCUGAAAUGUCCAUUUAUUACAAAGUGGAAGCGAAAUAUGAAGCGACAUCUAUUAAAUAAAAGGCACAUAAAUCUCAGUAACGAACUGUGCACUGAUCAACUGGACGAUCAAUCAUCUGAUGAGUUAAUUGUGCAACUAAUUAAUUCAGACGAUCUGAGAUCAGAGUAUGAUACGGAUACAGUGGAGUACGUGCAAUCUGAUAACUCUGAAACGCCGCCUUUCCUUCCAACUUGUAACUCUCCAAUAAAUGAAUCCGAGGCUCAAAUAGAUCCACAAACAUCAACCGACGCGAAGGACAAUGAAUCCAAUGGAAAUAAACGCUUUAAGUGUGCACAGUGUCACUAUGAGUCUAAACGUGCCUUUGAUUUGCGACGUCACGAACAGCGACAUAAAAAGGUAAAAAUUGUCGAUGGGAUAGCAGUUAAAUGCACCGAAUGCUCAUUUGUAACGAAAUGGAAACGCAAUAUGAGGCGUCACAUGAAACAGCAUAACCCUAAAGACAUUCCUGCUGAAACGCCCAUAUUGGAUAAGCAAUUGUCCAAAUUAGAUGAGGAAGCAAACUGCGAUGUCGAGUCCCAGACUAUUUUAAUUGAACCGCUUUAUUCGGAGUUUAACUCUGAGGCGAUACAGAUAAACGACUUGGAAAUAUAUGAAGAAAGGUCGGAAGUCGAAACUGAAGCUUUGGAGUCGGAUGAGGAUUCAGAUGUUCUUCCAUCCUAUUGGCAAGCCAUCGAACAGGACACAGAAUGUGUAUUUGGCUCAUAAUCCAAACAAACUAUUGUCUUAAUGCCAGGACAAGUUACACUAUUAAUAUAUUUGAUUACAUUUUAUGCAAACAUUUUAAAAUAAUUUUGUAUAUACUAAUAAGUUUCUUGUUCAAUUAACUACUGGUAAAUCGUCAUAUUAUCAGUUAUGUUAUUUACAGAAGUAAUGAUUUAUUAAGAUUAGAUAUACAUUUUCAUUUAAUAAACAUCAUCUUUUGAGAAUAUGUAA